ACCCUGUGAACACACGAAUACGGAAAACCAACAGCUAUGAACACGUUCCCUACGAUAUCUUAUCCUUGUUUUGUUGUUGUUACUAUUCACAGAUUAAAGGGGAGUUUGUGUUGGUGUCACUUUAAGAACUUUUGUAGCUGUUGAGUGGUUGUGACGUCACAGUGUUUGCUUUGAAAUGUAACGCUUUUUUGCGCGUCUGUGUUUUUAUUUUAUUUUUUUUACACGGUUUAGUGAUAAUAAAAGUUCUUUAGAAUACAAAUGCUGGUGUAUUCGGGAUGCAGUCACGAGUUAAGUGUCAUUACGGCGUUGUCUGUUGCGUAAUAGCGGUGUAUGUGGCAAGUUACAAAACCCCAAGGACUUAGAGAGCACUUCACAUUCCAGACUGCUGCAACUACAAGACUUUUUUUUUUAUAAACCCCAGACAUGGAGAACCACAGGCCAUUCCUUGUGCUGCUGUUCUUCGCCUUUGCAGUCGGUUUUAUCUCGGUUGUGUUCGUAUUGAGGUGGGUUUUACAUUUCAGAGAGGGCUUAUCCUGGGAUGGAGGAGACAAAGAAUUCAACUGGCAUCCUCUUUUGGCUGUGACUGGGUUUAUUUUCCUUCAAGGAAUCGCAAUCGUUGUGUACAGACUUCCAUGGACUUGGAAAUGCAGUAAGCUGAUGAUGAAGCUCAUUCAUGCUGGCCUGAAUGUGCUGGCCUUCAUCUUGGCUGUCAUUUCUCUGGUAGCUGUGUUUGAUUUCCACAAUGUGCAGAAUAUCCCAAAUAUGUACAGCUUGCACAGCUGGGUGGGAUUAAUCGCAGUCAUACUCUUCUCACUGCAGAUUGUGCUAGGCCUUUGCAUCUUCCUCCUGCCUGUAAGUCCAGGGUUCUUGCGAGCUGCAUUUCUGCCUGUACAUGUAUUUAGUGGUCUCUUUAUCUUCACCACUGUGAUUGCUACUGCACUCAUGGGCAUCACUGAAAAGCUCAUAUUUGGCCUGAAAGAUCCGAAAUACAAAGAUUCUCCUCCAGAGGCCACAUUUGUUAAUGUGCUUGGAUUGCUGUUAACCUUGUUUGGGGCACUCAUACUGUGGAUCGCUACUCGCUCCUCUUGGAAGAGACCGAGUGAGCAGCUUCUGCACAACAACGAACCAGCAUCAGACAGCAUUAAAACAGACACAGCCAUGUCUGAGAGACAUGACCCAGAGCAUAACAGUGAGGCCCGUAGAAGAAAUGGUAAAACAGAGGAGUGAGAAGAAGGAGAAAAACAGUAAGGAGUAAGGAGAGCAAACUGUCUAGCUGCUGCACUUCUCAUUCCAGAGCAGGCAAACGUAUCUUUAGAGAAUGUUGAAACAUUUUCUUUGUAGCCAAAAGGGAUUUUGUACACUGUUACAGUACCUAUAUAAAGAAGUGUAUUUACAAGAGGUGUUACAGUAGUGUGCAAAAGAGGCACAUGCAACAAAAUGCUAUAAAGCAAAGUUUCAGUAAAAAUAAUAUUUUUACAUUAACAAACUAGUAUAAAGAUCCAUAAGCAAUAAUAAAUGUAACAAUAUUUGAUGUAAUCACUCUUUGCUUUUUAUAAAAUGGUCUCAGGUUCAACAGUUUUACAAGGAAGGAACCUGGUGGGUUUUUAAUGAGUAUCUUGUAGAACCAGCCACACUUCUGGUGAUUUUGACCAUCACACUUGCUUCUUUCUUUAGUGACAUGUAAAACUUGUUUGCACCAUUACAUUUUUUUCCUAGAAAGCUAAAAUAUUUGUUUUAGUGUUGGAUUUUUUUGGAAAUCCAUAAUGCUUUUGUUCUGACGUGACAAUGUAAUCAUAAAGUCAAAAAACAGAAAUCUAAAACAAAGUUAGUACUAAAAUAAAGGUCUAAAAGUUAAAAAAACUUUGGGUAUCAUAAAACUAUUUUUAUAUUUGAGAUUAUAGUACAAAGCAAACAAUUUCACUGUUAUUGUACAUUUGAAAUAAACUCCUUUUCACAUUUCACAUAUUAAAAUGAACUACAUCCUUUCAGCGUCUCCUGUUGCCUUGUUAGACUAGUCUUCACCUUCACCUGUUAAUUAUCAUUAUGCAACAGUAAAAAUAUAUUUAAUAUCUUAUGUUACAUCAAUCAGAGUAUGUCCUUAAUGAUUACUUUUGCUUUCAAGUGAUAUUCAGCUGCCAACCAGAGCAGCCAUCCAAGACCAGGCUUUAUGUCUUGUCAAUAGCUGGAGUUAUUCUUGACGCCUGCGUAAUUCUUGACUUUAAAAUGCAGGCUAGCAAGCUGCCAGUUAUCUUUAACAUGACUAACAGCUGCUUGCCAUAUUUCAAUCUGUUUCUCUGACAUUAGCUUGCAAGCUGAUUUUGCACUAUAAUCAUGAGCCAUGCUGAAAGGAUGUAAAGCAGAUGAAGUUGUGUUGUUUUGUUAUAACAUUGCUUAACGUAACACUCUUUUUGAAGAAAGUUUUGCGACUUUAGACGGGUGAUUUGAGUUCUAAUACAUACAAAUCUUAACCAUCAAUAAUGAUCUUUGCAGCAUUGCUAAUUCUAAUUUAAUGAACAUGCAAUAAAUCAUGUCUUAAAUAGGUUUUAUUAAACAUAUAUUUUCUAUAUUGGCACUGUAGAAGGAGAGGUAACUUCAAAUGAAGGUUAAUGAAUAUGCUUUGUGGUGUUUUCUUGUGACUUGUUUGUACUUGUUUUCUAUUUCUACAGCCCAUAAAUGUAAAAAAAAUAAAAUAAAAAUGAAUCAAACAAAAAUAUUUAACAAAUAAAAUUAAAUGAUUUAUAAAACAA